AUGAAGAAUCACGCCAUCCUUUUGGCCGCGUUGGUCGCCGCCACCCAGGUCGUGGCACUUCCCCAGCCGGUCCCGGCCGACGUGGAGGUGUACGACUCUCCCGAACGUCGUGCCUUGCUGGCUCGCGGAGGGUGGGGCCAUCAUCAGCCGCAUCAUAAGCCGCAUCAUCAUCCGCAUCCCCCGCCGUAUACAACUUCGACUCCCUCAUGGCCGUAUACUCAGCCUACUCCUCCACCUCCACCCCCACCACCUCCUCCAGGCCACCGCCCACCUCCUCCGCCUCCACCUCCUCCACCUCCACCGCCGCCUCCACCCCCUCCAGGCCAGCGCCCGCCACCGCCUCCACCGGGACAGGGCCCGCCGCCGCCACCGCCUCCUCCUGGACAAGGCCCCCCACCACCUCCUCCCGGCCAGGGGCCCCCUCCUCCGCCGGGUCAGCAACAGCCCCCUCCACCUCCGCCGGGACAUCAACCCCCGAACAAUCAGCCCCCGAACAAUCAACCUCCGAACAAUCAACCCCCGCCGAACCAGCAACCUCCGAACAACCAACCUCCGCCAAACCAGCAACCCCCGAACAACCAACCUCCGAACAAUCAACCCCCGAACAACCAACCUCCGCCGAACCAGCAACCCCCAAACAAUCAACCCCCGAACAACCAACCCCCGAACAAUCAACCUCCGCCAAACCAGCAACCCCCGAACAACCAGCCCCCGAACAACCAGCCUCCGAACCAGCAGCCGCCCCCCCACCAACAGCCACCCCCUAACCAACAACCUCCGCCAAACCAGCAGCCUCCCCCGAAUCAGCAGCCUCCGCCAAACCAGCAGCCGCCCCCCAACCAACAGCCACCCCCUAAUCAACAACCUCCCCCCAACCAACAGCCACCCCCUAACCAACAACCUCCGCCAAACCAGCAGCCGCCCCCGAAUCAGCAGCCUCCGCCAAACCAGCAACCGCCGUCAACCCAGCAACCGGGUUGGAAUGGAAGCCAGGGCUCGGACUCUAGCCAAGGAUCAGGCUAG